CAUAAAUAACAAACUAAAGUGCAUUAAUAUUUAAUACGGUGAAGUACAGAGCAGGUUAACCAGCAACACUUGAAAUACAUUGCGGCUGGGAGUUCACAGAGCAGAUUAACCAGCAACACUUGGAAUACAUUUUGGCCGGGAGUUCACAGAGCAGAUUAACCAGCAACACUUGGAAUACAUUGCGGCCGGGAGCUCGCAGAGCAGAUUAACCAGCAACACUUGGAAUACAUUGUGGCCGGGAGCUCGCAGAGCAGAUUAACCAGCAACACUUGGAAUACAUUGUGGCUGGGAGCUCGCAGAGCAGAUUAACCAGCAACACUUGGAAUACAUUGUGGCCGGGAGCUCGCAGAGCAGAUUAACCAGCAACACUUGGAAUACAUUGUGGCUGGGAGUUCCCAGAGCAGAUUAACCAGCAACACUUGGAAUACAUUGUGGCCGGGAGCUCGCAGAGCAGAUUAACCAGCAACACUUGGAAUACAUUGUGGCCGGGAGCUCGCAGAGCAGAUUAACCAGCAACACUUGGAAUACAUUGUGGCCGGGAGCUCGCAGAGCAGAUUAACCAGCAACACUUGGAAUACAUUGUGGCCGAGAGCUCGCAGUGCAGAUUAACCAGCAACAUUUGGAAUACAUUGUGGCUGGGAGUUCAGAAGCCUAAUGGCCCGGGAGAAGAAGUUGUUUCUUAUCCUGACCAUUCUUGCUUUUGUGCAUCGUAGUCUGCUGUCUGAUGGAGGAAAGUCAAAGAGGAACGCUGCAUCGACUGGUGGAUUCUGUAAAAUACCAUGGCGGCGCUCGUGAUAAAUGUCCCCUAUCGAUGGCCGGGAGGCCUCUCAGCUCUUCUCCCGGCCCUUUGUGGGGUUUCUGGUCCGAUGCUCUGCUGCUGCCAUACCAGACGGAGAUGCAACUUGUCAGGACGCUCUCAAUGGUGCUCCUGUGAAAGACAGUUAAGCUGCAUUCUUCACCAAUGGUGGGUUCGCGCCCUUCGGAACUCGCCAAGCGGCCUGCACUUCAGUACCUCCAGGAGCGGCUUGGAAGACAUGCACCUUCGGUUCCUCUCUAACUGAAGCAUCGCGGCAGAUCAGAACAUCGGGAUAAUUGGUCGGAGGCCUCUGCACCGGUGAUCGGUCUCUCUCUCUUUCUCUCAAUGGUGCAGGAGAAUCCGUACUCUGACAGGAAACGAUUCAGUGACAAAGUGAUUCUUGGCAAGAGGAACUCUGGGCGUGGCAUUGAGUACACGGUGGGACCGGCACUGUCAGUAGGGGUAUGAGGCGUGAAGUGUAAGCGCUGCAUGGGGCCGCUCAUUCUUACACUGACCGUGGAUUAACUCUCCUCUCGGAAACUCAAGUGGAAUGAGUCAAAAUGUCACCCAGACGAAGUGAGGGGGUCAGGGUGUAUGGCGUCGAGCUAUUCACGUUUACUCUACUAGUCCCGAUGGCCGCUGCAACCCUGCGGGUACAUCAGAACAGUUUGAAGGGAAGAGUGGACCAUUCUGUGCUCCUACCCGCCUCUUACACAAUCUCGGACCCGCAGGGUUAUCUGCGGAUCAAAUGGAGCAGGGCCGGGAAAAGAAUUGUGGAAUACAGAUGCAUAUCAGAGCAAAAUAGCAACGCCAAUGAAUGCAACCAAGUCCUGUCUUACUCAGAUCUCUAUCAACACCGGGUUGUUCUUUUCCCGGAGAACGCCUCGCUGCUGCUGAAACAUUUGCAAAUUAACGACAGUGGCCUUUAUCAAUUAUCUGUUAGCCAGGCGAGAGGAAUCGAAAGAGGAAGGUUUAACUUAACUGUCCAGGCUGACAACACAAAUGAAACUGACCACGAGGAAAUAACGGAUACAGACAAGAAGAAAACGUCAGGAUUCAAUGACAACAUUCGAUAUGUUACUCUUACUCUUAUUUUGUUUUUCUUCUGUUUUACCAUGAAGAUGCAUAGAGAUUCUAAACGAGCUCAAAAGCGAUCAAAAAAAAGGAAAUGCUUCUCAGAAUGGUCAGAAGAAUCCAACGACAAGCAACCCCAUGGUAAUAUACUCUGAUGUGAACUCAUCAGACUAUGUAGGAAUUACUGGAAAGGCAGAUGAGUGGUGAUACAACAGAAGAAGGUCAUUUUCAGAAACUGAGUAAUUAUUCAUAAAAUAAUGUCAACCUUGUUUGUAUGAAUUGUUUUUAUUUGUUCAAACAAAAUGUGUAGAUGUGUUACCUACACACACUAAGGAAUAAUUGGCCAAUGGACAAGAAAUUAUCUCCUGGUGCUUGUGCUCUGAAGAAUGAAAUUUCUUGAUCAAAUUAAGGAAAGCGCAAUUGAGAGAAUUUGUUUCAAGUCUUCAAUGCAUAUUGUCAACAUAUACGUUUGGAAAGGUGUUGCAUUCUCAUCACUGAAACAAAUAUUUUCUGCCCCUGUGAGUCUCUCUCUACAUCUGAGUCUACCUGAACUGAAGCCAAUAGUAAUUGGAGGGUGAAACUUAAUUUGACACUAAUUCAUGCCAAGAGAUUCAUCUUCUACAUUUUCCUAGUGUUUGGUCUGACAUUACAGUAGUCAAUUUCUACUGCGUCCACAACAACUUGAUUAUUGUCUAUAUUGUAAUUUUUCUUGUUUAAUUUUCUUUUAACUAUGUUUGUAUAAUCACCCAUUUGUCUAUAAAUGCUCAGUGGAUUAUCAGUACUUUUUAUAGUUUCUUUGUCUGCAGCCUAUGACAUGCGAUAAAUUGCACUGUCUCAAAGGCUUUUCUUAUCUGUAACUUAAGAGACUGUGCAGAGCUGGAAAUCCUGAGCAGCACGCACAAAAUGCUGGAGAAACUCAGCAGGUCAAGCUGCAUCUAUGGAGAGGAAUAAACAGUCAAUGUUUCAUCAGAACUCAAAGCCUGACUGUUUGGUUCAAAGUAGUUUUCAGUACAAAGAUAUUGACAAGUUCUUUGUCCUUUGUCUUUCUUCAGUUCUUUCUUCAUUAUAGAAGAUUGAGUUGGUUAUUGUUAUUUCCUUGUUAUGGAACUUAAUAAAACAACUGUAGCCACAA